GGCCUACCGUAUGGCGAAGUCACGAUUCGCGAGGUCGGAUCUCGUCGUGGCCUUGACACUGCAGAUGGGAGUCGCCAUUUACAGCUUCAAGGAGCGACCCAGUAGCGCCAAGAGUGGGCCGUACCAACCAUGCAUUGGCUUCGGCAUCUCGGCUUACUCUCAGGCAUGCAAGGUGCGAGAAACGGACCUCAAGCUCGAGAAGACAGCCAUCGGCCUUGCCACCACGCUGCAGUCCAAGCGACUCCAGGCGAGGCUGUUGGCGUUUGACACGCUCAACCACCUUAUUGAAAAGGCCACGAACAUCAUGAAGAGAUCCGACGCACGGACAAACCUGACGUGGCUGUUGCUCAACGCUGAUAUGACGGACUCAACGGGGAAAUGUCUCGAAAAACCCUUCGAGCGCGUGAAGGGAUUCAGAGACUUUUACUACCGGCAAGCACAGAUGCCGAAGGGUUAGCCACACGCGCUGCUGUGUGGUAAUUGCGCAACGACGUGCAGGUGUUGUGCCGUUUUGUGAGCCGUCGUGUAAGGUGUCCGUGCGCGGGCUUUUUCGUUAGCCCUACGUGACCAGGCAGAAAAAGAAAAAAAAAACCUAUAUUUGUAUUCAGAAAAAGAUAGAAAAAGCCUAUAUUUUUAUUCA